AUGGCGGCGCCCGCGGCGGGCCCGGUGCCGGUGCCGGUGCUGCGGAUCGUGGCCGAGUGCGGGCGGAGCCGCGCCCGGGCCGGGGAGCUGCGGCUGCCGCACGGCUCCGUGCCCUGCCCCGUGUUCAUGCCCGUGGGCACCCGCGGCACCGCCAAGGGCCUGACGGCCGCGCAGCUGGCGGCGCUGGGCUGCCGCAUCUGCCUGGGCAACACCUUCCACCUGGGCACGCGGCCGGGCUCGGAGCUGGUGCGGCGUUCCGGGGGCCUGCACGGCUUCAUGGACUGGCCCCACAAUCUGCUCACGGACAGCGGCGGGUUCCAGAUGGUUUCUCUGCUGGAGCUCUCGGAGGUGUCGGAGGAGGGGGUUCGGUUCCAGCCCCCGCACGGCGGGGAGCAGAUCCUGCUGAGCCCCGAGAAAUCCAUGGAGAUCCAGAACGCGCUGGGCGCCGAUAUCGUGAUGCAGUUGGACGAUGUCGUGAGCAGCACCACGACAGGGCCGCGCGUCGAGGAGGCCAUGAACAGGUCCGUGCGCUGGCUCGAUCGCUGCCUGGCCGCCCACGGCCGCCCCCAGCAGCAGCUGCUGUUCGCCAUCAUCCAGGGGGGGCUGGACCCCGAGCUGCGCCUGCGCUGCAUCCGCGCCAUGACCCAGCGGGACGUGCCCGGGUUCGCCAUCGGGGGCCUGAGCGGGGGCGAGGCCAAGGCUCAGUUCUGGCGCACGGUGAAGCUGAGCACGGAGCACCUGCCCCGGGACAAGCCCCGCUACCUGAUGGGCGUGGGCUACGCCACGGACCUGGUGGUGUGCGUCGCGCUGGGCUGUGACAUGUUCGACUGCGUCUUCCCCACCCGCACGGCGCGUUUCGGUUCCGCCCUGGUGCCCUGGGGGUCCCUGCAGCUGAAAAAUCAGCAAUUCGCCAAAGAUUUCCGGCCCAUCGACGCCGACUGCGGCUGCCCCACGUGCCAGAGGUACUCGCGGGCGUACCUGCACGCGCUGCUGCGCUCCAACACGGCCGCGCUGCACCUGCUCACCCUGCACAACAUCGCCUACCAGAUGAAGCUGAUGGGCUCCAUCAGGGACAGCAUCGUGCAGCAGCGCUUCCCCGAGUUCGUGCGGGAGUUCAUGGACACCAUGUACGGGGGGCGGGGGGGACCCCCGGCCUGGGCUCGGGAGGCCCUGGAGUCUGUGGGGAUCACCCUGGCCUGAGGGGGGACCCCCGGACCCUGGGGAGUCCCCCUGGGAUUCCUGGGGAACCCCCCCCCAUUCCCACCCCCCCCUCCCUCUGUAUUUUUAUACUUUUUUUUGGUGGUUUUUUUACUAUUUUGGGGUUUUUAAGGGGUAG